AUGUGGAGGAAGUUUAAUACACCCCAGAUGGGUGCUGACUGCUGGUCACUGUCACCGACCUGGAAGCAUUACAACUGUUAUUCUUGGUGCUCAUGCCAAGGACAAAAAGGAAAAAGAGCAGCAAGUAUUUCGAUAUUCCAAGAGUUAUACGCACCCUCUCUCUAUAACAACACCAGUUAUUUUAAUGAUCUUAAACUAUAUAGGUUAUCGUCUGCAGCUAAAUUGGGAAAAGCUGUUCAACUUCUACCUCUGCCAGAAACAUUUGAUGACCUAGAGAAGGGGACUGUAUGUGAAGCAGCAGGAUGGGGAAAGACAGAGUUUAACGAUGACUCAGGAUAUCUGCUGGAAGUUAAUGUCACUGUCCUAAACAGAAAACAAUGUGCUAAACACUAUAUAAGUAAAGAAUACAAAAUAACAGAAAAUAUGAUGUGUACUAAGGUGGGACCUCGAGGACAGGAUACCUGUAGUGGGGAUUCAGGUGGCCCCUUAAUUUGCAAAGGAGUGUUUUCAGGAGUGACAUCAUUUGGGCCAAAACAAUGUGGACAACCUAACGAGGCCUCUGUCUUCACUCGCCUAACCCAGGAAUACAUUGACUGGAUAUAUAGCAUGAUCAACAAAUAG